UUUGUUUGUACGAUUGUUUAAAUGCCUGAAUUAUAAUGGAUAGCCGUGAUAGAACGCUUUGGGUAGGGAAUUUAUCCGAACGAACAACAGAAGAACAUUUGUAUGAGCUGUUUUUACAGGCUGGACCACUUGAAAAAGUAACUAUUCCUGUAAAGGAUGGGCGUCCACAGAAGUUUGCAUUUGUGACAUUUAAACAUGAAUGUUCAGUCCCUUAUACUAUAGACUUGUUAGAUGGAAUCAGGCUAUGGGGGAAUCCUUUGAAAUUGCAAAACAGAACAGGCUCAACACAAAAUCUGAUGCAAAACAACAGUCCAUCUGAGAGUGUUCCUAGUGGUUCUCAAGUCCAGUUCAAUCAUAGCCCCAUUGUGCCAAAUCAUAGUCCAGCCAUGCAGAGAGGACAUACUUGGCAUGGACCAAGAGACCAUCAAGAAAGCAGGAGUUUCCAGGAUCAAGGAUAUAGGAAUUUUCAAAGUCAUGGAAAGAGAGAUUUCCAUGGUCAAGGAAGCAGAGAUUUCCAGAGUCAUGGCAGUAAGAAUUUUCAAGGUCAUGGAGGGUCUCACAGCAAGGGAAGCAGCAAAAGAGAUGUCAGGUUUGUGCAGGAGGCAGGAAAUAUGGAGCAUAUUUCACUGCAAGGAAAUUUUUCUUAUCCCAGCAGCAGUUCAAGGGAAAGAAAUGAUCAAGAUCACUUUAAAGAAAAGAGAGAGAGACUCAUGAAUAAACAGAAAGCCAGUUUAGACAUUCACCAUCAUCGACAUGAUAGAAGGAGUCGUGAUUCUGUGCAGAAGCCAUAUGAUAGAGGUGGUAGAUCACAACCCUGGCAGCAGAGACCAUAUAGACAUUGAUGAUACAUCAAAGCAUAUUUAAUAUUUCUGAUAGUGUUUGUUUGGUAGCAUAAGGCCUAAAUCAAAAUUUUAUUCAUUUUCCCUUUGCAAAGAAACCAGAAAAAAGUUGCUGAAUUCAAAAAGAAUUUUAUUGUUGAUUUUUUCAGCAAGAAAAAAUGAUUUAUCGUAUUUCUAAAUUUGCAUAUAGAAAAUUUAAAAAAAAAAAAAAAACUUUCCAAUUCAAAGGUCAAAAUGAUGCUUCGACCAAACAAAAUUUUAUUUUAGGCCUAAUGUUGAUUGUGAAUACAUGUAUUAUAUGUUUCUUGUUUUGCAGCAUGGAGAGGUUAACAAUGUUACUGUGAUGUCUUGAUAAACAUACACUGUAUUUGUUACUGUCAUUUUUAUAAGAAGUCAAUUAAAUUUGUUUCGGUCAUCAAAUCAUAGUCAUCAAAAUAUUUGGAAAGUUUACAUAUAAACUUAUUUUUCUGCUGUGUUUUCAGCUUGAAAAUUUGAUGUGAAAUAUUUUUUUUAUAGCUUAUUAGCUAUAACACAGCAAGAAAAAGACAGGGUUAAGUUCAUGCAAAACAUAUUGUUCAUAAUGCACCUAACCUUAUAUUAUUAAUGAAUAUUCAUAAUCUGUCUUGGCAUUUUUUUGAAUACCCAGAACAACUAUUUUAGGAAAUUCUUUUGUCAAUAAAUUUUGAACCCUAA